UCAGGCAAUUUGCUGUAGCUCAACGUACACGAGGAAGCUGAUUGGAUCUUCUCAACCACAAACCUCUUCUUUAUUUGUGGGUGGUGAGGAAAAAGCCUCGUAAGCGAUGAGUCUACUCAGAACUUUGUCCUGUAUGUUGUCGGGCGGGGACAACGUGACCGGGGGCCAGGCGCAGGGCUUGGUCCUCCAGCCCGCCUGGGACUACCUCCGCCAGAACCACCACGACCUCCUGAGUAGCCCUCUGUUCCCCGUGGUCCUCUCCGUCACCACCUACUUCCUCCUGGUCGGUGUCUACACCCUGCUCGACCUGCUGGCGCCCACCUGGCCUUGCAUCGGCCGCUACCGCCUCCGUCCCGAGGGAGCCGUCACCUGGCCCAACAUCUGGACCACCCUGGGGGUCACCAUCCGCAACCAUCUGCUCUACAUCUUCCCGGCCACGGUCGCCCAGUGGCUGUGGAGGCCGCCCACCCCGCUGCCCGUCGAGGCGCCCACUCUCUGGAGCUUCUUCCUGGGCGUCCUGGGCUGCACGGUGGUCUUUGACUUCCAGUAUUACCUGUGGCACCUGCUGCACCACCGGGUGCCGUGGCUGUACCGCACCUUCCACGCCGUGCACCACCAGUACAACCAGCCCUUCAGCCUGGUCACCCAGUACCUGUCUGGCUGGGAGCUGUUCAACGUCGGGUUCUGGGCCACGGUGGACCCCGUCCUGCUCCGGUGCCACUGCCUCACCACGUGGGGCUUCAUGGUCUUCAACAUCUACAUCUCCACCGAGGACCACUGCGGCUACGACUUCCCCUGGGCCAUGCACAAGCUGGUGCCCUUGGGCCUGUGGGGCGGCGCGCCGAUGCACAACGUUCACCACCAGCGGCCCGGCACCAACUUCGCCCCGUUCUUCUCCCACUGGGACCGGCUGGGGGGAACCCACAGCGCGCCCACCGCCUCCGGCCACGCCGCAGGGAGGAAAGACUGAAGAGCGGCGAAUCUCCCGUCGUCUCGCGGCCUCUUCGGGUCGCCGCUGUGCCUCCGGCACCACGCGAGCCCCUCGUUCCCCCCCGUGUCUGACCUUCCCGUCGCCUUGAUGUUUCCAGCUUGGAUGUGUUCUCUCUCUCGCCAGUUCUCAGUCUGGAGAUUCACCUUAUUUGUGUAAAGAUAUGGUGGAUUCUCUCAGGUCAGUUUACGGACAUGACUAACACAUGUUUCGUUCUUACCAGAGUGUCUAGUUCUUUAGCAGGUGGGAGACGGCGUGAUUAUACACCAACGUUAGCAGGGACGUUGUCCCUCUCUCGCUCCUCGCCUCUGAUCCUUCGCUCACACGCAUGAUUGGCGGCCUUUUAGCUGCACGCCAGUACGUGGGCGCAAUACUAAUCCAACUGUCUUUGAGAUGCACUUAGUGGAGGAGUUCUGCCCAAAAGGACAAUAACCUUUGUGAUACGACGGUGAAAGUAAAGCUUGUGAUUCUGUCGUUGCCUUCACAGCAGCAGGUGUCUUUCUUUGACGUGUCUUACAAUGUUGGAUUAUCACGAGAAGAUUUCUCAUUCAUGCCAACGAAUCAAAAUGUAAAGGAAAUAAUAUUUAAAUGAAAUACACUUCUCAUUAAAAAUACUCACUACUUGAUA